CCCCAGGGGACGGCGUACAGCGGACGCCAACCAAACCAAAGGGGGAGGCGACUGGCGACAGAGCAGCGGGGCAGCGGGCCGGCAGACGGAGAGGGGCGCGGCCGUCUUCCCAAACCCGAGGGUCCUCACCAUGGAUCUUUCCAGUUCACUGGCUUCAACCAGUGAUGAAGAGACAAGGGCACUUAAUGCAUUGCUUGAUGCUUUCAGUUGUGCCUUUUCACUUGAAGAUAUAGCCAAUGCAUACUGCAGAGCAAACGGCGAUGUCAACAAAGCUGGGGAUUUCUUGACUGACCUUCAACUUUCGAUGCCCCAGAGUGAUGAAGUUGACUCGAGCGUUGGGACCAAUCUUCCCCAGUUUGGUAAGGCAGUUGAGGAAAAUUCUCUGGACAACUCAAACCAAACAAGGAAUCUUUCCUGUGUCGGGAAAGCAGCUGAAGAAAGCUCUGUGGAGAAUUCAAGCCAAACAAGAACACGUGAGAAGUCACAGAAGUCUAGUGCUUCAUUUGGCACCGUAUCCAGCAUGUUAGGAAAAGGAUCUGCCCGAGCUACUACAGCUCCUGCCAAUACAGCACCAGGAAAAGGAAAACCUAUAAAGGUUGAACUGCCAGAGUACAUGCGAGAUGAUUUGAAAACAGAUGAAUCUGAUUCUGCACCAAAGAGAGAGACUUUGAAUAACAGAGAUGUUGAGGAAUUCCUAUUUUCUAUGCUUGGAGAAGGAUUUAAGCUCAACAUGGAAGUGAUCCGUGAUGUUCUAGGCAGCUGUGGGUACGACAUGAAGAAGAGCAUGGAGGAAUUAAUGUCAUUUUCUACAAAAGAUCUAGGCAAAAGGCCAGAGAAUGAGCAUAUUGCAGUACAAGACACGGCGGUAGAAUCCUCUUUUUCCAUGGGGAGCUGCUUAGGAUCACAAUCCACAUCUAGACCACAGAUUACCCCUGGAGAGUUACUAGAAUCAAUAUUCACUGCACCUGAAAGAUCUGAGGAACCAAAAGUAAGGCGGUAUGAAUUGGGCGCAAAUCGAAGGAGAGUUCCAGAUCAGAAACCAGUCGUAAAACCUCUUGAGGACAUUUCACCACCCUCUACGGAUCUUCCGGUGAAAAUUAUCCUAGGCAGCAAAGAACCAGUUGUUCGUGAUGAGGAUGAUUACCAGAACUAUCGUAAGGCUGCAAAGCAGCACUGGGAUAUGAUGAAGCAGUACUAUGGGAAGGCUGUUGAUGCUUUUAGGGAGGGUAACAAGAAAGAAGCCGAGUAUCUUAUGACAGAAGGAAAGAACUAUUAUAGGAUGGCUCGAUUAUCUGAUGAAAAAUCUGCUGCUGAGAUCACCAAGUCCAAACAAGAGUCCAAAAAUGAGUUAUGCCUUGAUCUGCGCUCACAGGAUGCAGCAAACGUAGCAAAUCUUCUGAGACUUCAUCUUAGGCAGUUGGCUAACAUCCCAUCUUUUGAGAAUUUGAGAGUUAUUAUUGGUGUUGACGAUGGCACUUUCAAGAUGGGACAAAGAAGAAGGAAGGUUGAGAAGUUUCUGGAGAAGAAAUCAGUCGAGUGGACCGAAGAUGAGGCCAAUCCUGGGACCAUUCUCAUUCCGAUUAAUCAAGUGAAAGACCAGUGAGUAUAGCUUGGUGUACAAAGGUCGUCCGACACAAGCUGACAGAAGAUGCUCUUAGCUGCUAGUUUUAUCAUUUGGUGCCGUUUUGAAUCUAGGCGCUUUCUGUUCAUUUUGGGAUAUGGAGGAUGGGGAGUGUGUUGCAUAUUCCUUUUCGUUCACAUACAGGAGAUAUUUCCGGCCGGCCUAAACAUUACGAUUUGGCCGAGAUGAUUUAGCUGCAGUCUUAACCCUGGAAACGAUCUUCUAAUGCAUUCUGCAUUUGAUUGUUCUA